UUUCGCUGCUACAUCACCGGCAAGCCCAAGCCAGAGAUCAUCUGGCAGAAGGACGGGGAGCCCCUCAUCCCUGGCCGCAGGCACCUCAUCUACGAGGACCGGGAGGGCUACUUCAUCCUCAAGGUGCUGUACUGCAAACCCCAGGACCAGGGGCUGUACGUCUGCGCUGCCUCCAACACUGCCGGCCAGACCCUCAGUGCCGUGCAGCUCCGUGUGAAAGAGCACCGGCUGCGGUUCCAGGUGCAGCUGGCAGACGUGGAGGUGGCGGAGCUGGAGGAUGCCGUGCUGGAGUGCCAGGUGCCACUGGAGACCAUCCCCACCGCCUGGUACCUGGAGGACAGGGAGCUGCAGCCAAGCCACAAGUAUGUGAUGGAGGAGCAAGGCGUGCUGCGGCGCCUGACCAUCCGCAAUGCCCGCACCGACGAUGACGGUAUCUACCUCUGCCAGAUGAAGGACAAGGGGCGCAGCAUUGCUGAGGUCUCUGUCCGAGGGGUGAUCACCAAGCGGCUGCCACGGAAGCUGGAUGUGAUGGAGGGGGAGAACGCGGUUUUCUGUGUGGAGACGCGGGAGGCAGUGGAGGGGAUCUGCUGGAGCCGGGACGGGCUGCAGCUGCAGGAGUCACCCCACACUGUGCUGAAGAGCUUCGGCAGGACACACCUCCUGGUGCUGGUGCAUGUCACCCGCCAGGACGCGGGCAUCAUCGCCUUCACCGUUGGGGAGUCGCAGACGUCCUCCCAGCUCCGGGUCAAGUCUGCGGUGCACGGUGCCUGGUUCCUUGAUGGUGCCAAGCUGGAUGAAGGGGAGGCGGGUGGCCGGUGCAGCAUGCAGCGUCGUGGGACGGAGCACUCACUGCUGAUCCGGGGAGUGCGACUGGCUGACAGCAGGACCCAGGUCACCUUCGUGUCUGGUGGAGUGCGGGACUCAGCCACGCUGCACGUGGAAGCCCCACAGGUCCACAUCUCCCCAGUGCCUGAGGCUGAGCGGUUCUGUGAGGUGCUGGCAGGGCUGCCCGUGCUGCUGGAGUGCCAGGUGACUCCCCCAGAUGCCCCCGUGCGCUGGCUGAAGGAUGGUGAGGCCGUGCCCCUGGACGACGUUAUUGCAGUGCAGGAGGAGGGCUGUGUGCGGAGGCUGCUCCUCCGCUCAGCGGGUCCCUCAGACACCGGCACAUACACCUGUGACGCGGGGAAUGAUGCUGUGAGCUUUGUGGUGACAGUGACCGAGGCACCAGUGAGGAUCAUCAGCUCCAACGAGGAGGUCCCCCAUGCCUACGCAGCGGGGCAGCGUGUGGAGCUGUGGUGCCAGCUGUCCCGCACGGCCGCCCAGGUGCGCUGGUAUAAGGACGGGGAGGAGGUGGAGGCCAGCGAGAACCUGGUGCUGGAGCAGGAGGGGCCACGGUGCCGGCUGGUGCUGCCCUGCGCCCAGCUACAGGACGCAGGGGAAUUUGUCUGUGAUGCCGGUGGGGACUCUGUCUUCUACACUGUCACCGUGGCAGAGGCACCAGUGAGGAUCGUCAGCUCCAACGAGGAGGCCCCCCACGCCUACACGGCCGGGCAGCGUGUGGAGCUGUGGUGCCAGCUGUCCCGCACGGCCGCCCUGGUGCGCUGGUACAAGGAUGGGGAGGAGGUGGAGGCCAGUGAGAACCUGGUGCUGGAGCAGGAGGGGCUACA